CAACGAACCUUCACUCUUGGCAUCUCUCAUCCCCUCUCCUUUUCCCCAAGAAAACUAAAUAACAAGAGCGAAGGGGUGAGAACUAAGAUUUUUUAAUUUUUUUUCAGAAUGGGGCUAAAGAUCGUUUUAUUUCUAUGCUUUUUGGGGGUUAGUACCUCCUUUGCACAACAAAUGUUCAAUGUGAAGGACUUCGGAGCAAAGGCUAGUCCCCAAAAUGAGGACACUCAGGCAUUCUUGGACACAUGGAAAGCUGCAUGUUCAUCGGGAGGGGAGGCGACGUUUUACGUCCCUGAAGGGACCUACUACACCGGGGCCCUGUCCUUCAUUGGCCCAUGCAAGAACCUUACGAGAAUGACCUUCACCGUUAAGGGUACCCUAAAAGCCUUCACCGACUUGGGUAAGUUUGCCAAAGACGGUGCAUGGAUCAUGUUCGGGUGGGUCAAUGACCUCACAGUCAACGGUGGUGGUGUCUUUGAUGGCCAAGGUACUGCAUCUUGGGGCAAAAACAAGUGUGGAAACCAGAAGUAUUGCAACCUUCUUCCCACUAGUUUAAAGUUCCAUGCUUCGAAAAAUGUAGUCCUCCAAGACGUGACCUCUUUGAACAGUAAGUUCUUCCACAUUGCUGUCCUGCAGUCCACAAACUUUAAGGUGACCGGCGUCACUGUCACCGCACCUGGGGACAGCCCGAACACCGACGGGAUACACAUUGAACGCAGUGUCGGUGUGACCAUCUCUCACACUAACAUCGGCACCGGGGACGACUGCAUAUCUAUCGGUGAGGGCAACUCCCAUGUCUCCAUCGACAACGUCAACUGCGGGCCUGGCCAUGGCAUCAGUGUUGGGAGCCUCGGUAAGUAUCCUUAUGAGGGAGAUGUGGAUGGAGUUACGGUGACCUCAUCAACCUUUACAAAGACGAAGAACGGCAUCAGGAUUAAGUCAUGGCAGGGGAGUCCCAAAAAGACCCUCGCCAGGAACAUGACUUUCGACAAUCUGGUCAUGAACAAUGUUCAAAACCCCAUCAUAAUCGACCAAGAAUACUGCCCUAGCAAAAGAUGUGGAGCCCAGACACCAUCUUUGGUACAAAUCAAGGACGUAACCUUCAAGAACAUUAGGGGCACGGCUUCCUCAGAGAACGCAGUGACACUAACAUGCAGCUCUGGCUACCCUUGCCAAAACCUUGUUCUCGAAGACAUCAACUUCAAUUACGAUGGCUCUGCGACAUGGAACUAUGUAAAAGGUCACGAGAUUCCGGCGAAGGCCUUCUGCUCGAGCGUCAAGGCCAGCUACAAGGGAGUGCAAAUACCUCCCCCUUGCCAGUAGAGCGAGUACAAGGUGGUGGUUGCCUUAGUUACCAGACGCCUGAGGAGCGCAGAUGGCUAUUGAAGUGGUGGUGACCUGUUUUGUCCGCUCGUUUGGGUUCUCGAUUGGGAAUGAUUUUGGUAGCCAAGAUUUAGGAAAAAUGGUUUCUUGUGUCCUGGUGGAAGAUAUUUUUUUUUUUGUACUAUCCAGCCACUGUCCUUUUGCCCGAGUUUCUUGGUCUUAUAUACGAAUGCCUUGUUCUACAA